GCGACGGUGCUUCCCCCACUCCGGGCGCGGCCGUAAAAAGCAAUGCUCGUAGCGGGGGGGCAGUCGAAGCGUCAGCGAGACGGAGCGAGGCGGAGCACCGUGCCGACUGGCGCGUUUCACGGCGUUUUACGUCGCGUCACGUCACGUCACGUCGCACGUCUCUCGCCCGUGACGAGAUUCGAGACCGUCGCCACGACGCGACGACAGCUACGGCGUUUCGCGCGGUACCGUCGGCGGACCUGCAGCUAUCCGGGCUAGACGAUGUUUUGAUACGCUCCCUCCAUCUAUCUUCCUCUCUCUCUCUCUCUUUCUCCCCCCUUCUCUUUCUCUCUCUCUCUCUCUCUCCUUGUCGCCCCUGCCGGAGGAUGCUCGGCGUCUGCGACUCCGUCCCGUCGACGAAGAUGUGAGCCGUUUCCAGGAACAUUCCGCAAUCGGAUCCCGCGACUCGCGAGUUCCUUCGGAGCGUAUUAUUGCGCUGUCAUCGUCAUCGUCGUCGUCGUCGCCGCCUCGUAAUAGAUAUGACUCUCCCCGUGCGCACCGCGUCGCGUAAUUGCUCAGCAAGGUGCUAUCCGAUGUCUACGAAUGACGACACCUGUGUGCUGUUGAACGACACCGAGGUGAACACGCUGUGAUGGGGUGGACGACAUCCACCACGGCAUGGAUGGUCAUAUGGAGCUGCCUGCUGCCGGGCCUCUGUCCAGCUCCGCAGGCAUCUCCGAAGCAGGUGCCGUGCGAUAAGACGAGGAAGGUCUUCACGGACUCAUGGGGGAUAAUCAGCGACGGGCCUAUGGGCUCCAAUUACACUCAAGACUCUCACUGCGAGUGGCUCAUCAAAGCUAACCACAGCCGCCAGUUUAUCACGUUAAGUUUCCGAACGAUGGGCACAGAAUGCAGCUACGACUACGUGUUCGUUUACGACGGGGAUUCCUUUCGCUCGCCGCUUCUGGGCAGCUUUAGCGGCAAGACGGAGCCGCAGCAAGUGACAUCAUCGUCCGGUUAUAUGUUAAUAUUAUUGUAUAGCGACACAAAUUACGUACUAGACGGUUUCCACGCGGAAUUUUCAGUCACGGAUUGCCCGAACAACUGUACUCAUCACGGAAAGUGUAUUAACAAUACCUGCGUCUGCGAAGACGACUGGGGUGGUAAAGACUGUUCCCGAGCUCUCUGCCCAAACAAUUGCAAUCACGCCGGUGUUUGCGAGAUUACGGGAAAAAGAUGCAAAUGCAACAGCGGAUACUCUGGGCAAUCUUGUUCGUUACAUAAAGCGCAUCCGGAAGGAAAUCGGUGGCAUUGGCUUUCGCAUUCGGAAAGUGGACUUAGACCACGCGCAGCUCAUACAGCGAUUUACGUUCAGGAAACGGAUUCACUUUAUGUCUUCGGCGGCUACGAUCUCAAUUAUAUACUCAGUAAUUUAGAGGUGUACAGAUUUAGCACAAGUCAGUGGGAAGACGAAUACGGAAAUGUAUUAGAAGGCGCUGCAUCUGCCGAUUAUCUCGAUCUCAGGUUCAUCGCUUCCGAAUUACAACGGAAUCCCGAUGGCAAAGAGAUAUACGGCCUAUCGACGACAUCUUUAAUUUGGAAGGUGCUCUAUAGCAUCAAAGGUAACAAUACAUUCGGCCUGCUCGAUCGGACUUCUGACGGCGGUCAGCACAGCUCGCGAGAGUUCAGGAAUAUGCCUAAGGAUAAGGAAAACGAGAAAAGCAGGAGUACCAUAAGGAUCGAUAGGAACGACGAUCCCAGAAGAAAGCAUCCGCGAAAUAUAAGACCGCAUUAUUCGCAAAUGUCGACAAGAUAUCGCAGAAACUUGGAAAACUUAUACAGAGAACAUGAUGCGACGGAUGUGCAAAACGAUGACGUGAAAUGGGAAGAGCAAAUCGUGGCGGGAUCCGCGGAAGAAAAUAUAUUCAUGCCAGAGCUUACGGAUCCGAAAUUAACUACGAGUGAUUCACUGAAAGAGGACGUUACAGAGCCAACUGUUGACGAAUUACCCAAACCGAGUCCUCGAUAUGGUCACGCUGCGUGUAAAUACCAAGAUGGUUUUGUGGUCUUUGGAGGAAAGGUACAAGACGGCUCUUUAUCGAACGAGCUGUGGCAUUACAGUGUGAAUAAACGCAUGUGGACUUUACGCGCUAAAAACUCCCCCUUCUACCCACCCAGGCUCACAAGACACACUCUAACUUUGGCAGGCGACUACAUCUAUCUGUUCGGAGGUAGUACCGUUGAUGGAGAGUUCUCGUCCAGCCUCUAUAAAAUCAAGUUGCGUUUAGCGGAUCCUACGGCGAUUAAUGAGAGGUGGAUAGAAGUGCGACCACGUGGCGGCAAGGAACUUGAUGUGCGCGUGGUGGCACAUUCGACUGUAUAUCAUCGUGCUACCAAUUCUCUGCUGGUGUACGGUGGCGUGAUCGCCAGCAUUGCCCGUUUCAGUAAAUUGUCGGAUCGAAUGUUCGUCUUUCAACUAGACAGAAAGGUCUGGUCCGAGAUCCAUUAUCCGAGAGCGCACUUGCGAGACACAUACGUGCCGAGAGAACGCGCGUUUCAUACAUGCAAUAUUAUAGGAAAUUAUCUGGUGGUAUUCGGCGGAUAUUCUCAUAGGCAUAACAAGGAGGAGAUCUGUUACGAUAACCAGAUGUAUCUUUAUCAUCUUGGUUGUCAUGCUUGGGUGAGCCACGAUGUGUUGGGCUUAAACGACAAGGGUUCUCGUUAUCCCAAGCAGCAAGGUGUAUUCGCUCAUGCGGCGGAUGUACGUAACGGAAAUACCUUGCUGCUCGUUGGUGGGUAUCAUGGCAACGUAAAUGCAGAUCUUCUCGCAUACACUUUGCCGCCUAUGUUAGCACCGGGAGACGAGGAUUACGUCGAGCCAGAGCAAAUUUGCUCGAGGCACAAGAGCCUAAUGGAGUGCGCGGCCAACCCCGAAUGUGGCUGGUGUUCCGCGGAUGAGAUAUGCUACGGUCGGACGAUAGGUAGCAACUGUACGACAAAUUUGCAGACAACGCGCUGCCCGGGAGUCUGUCCUGCCUUAGGCGACUGUCACUCUUGCCUGAUACACGGCCAGCCCGGUGGUGGUUGGGGCACGAAUGUCCGCGGCAAGAAGUCUGUCUCGAAUAAACUAAAUUUGGGCACGUGCACGUGGUGUGUCCAGAAUGCCCGGUGUCACCACAAGGACGACAAUUACGGCGUGUGCGGCCUGCGGGACGACACGCCGCUCUCGCAGAUACCGGGUUGGUGGGGCUCGAAAGGCACGGAAAUAACCAAAGUCGAAGAGUGUCGAGAGAUGGACAAGAGACCGGGUUUGACUUUUCUCAAGUACAAGCCGCCCGUGAACUUCAGCCAGCCCGAUUCAGUCGCCAUAGUGAACGCGACCACGGUCGAUUUCAGUCCAUUGCCACCCAUACAAGGCGCGAAGACGGAAUCUACGAUAGGCGGCGAGAUGAUCGCCAGGCUAACCGGCUUCCUCAGACCGCCAAAUUACUCUUGGGAAAGCGCGGCAGAGCAGCUGAAGAUCUGCGUCAGUUAUAACAGUGCGACGCUUCACGUGUCGCGAGAUGACGAUCCUGAUAAGUUGGAGCUCGUCGCCAAUCUAACCGCGGAGACAUCGCAGUGCAUACCGACAAAGUGGCCAGAUAGUACAAGUCCGAUGGAGCUGCAGGCGGGCCGUUACCUGUUGGACUUUGAAUCGAAAAGAAUGGUGACCGCGAGCUACGCUUAUGCGAGUAAAAUGGAAAUUACACACAACAAGAAGACGGAGAAUGGGAAAGUGUUCACAUUCGAGUACCUAGAGCCGUAUCAGAAUGGCUCUUGCCACCAGUACGGCAAUUGUCUGCACUGCCUGAGCGAUUCCUCGUGCGGUUGGUGCGACAUUACCAAUCAGUGUCUGUCGCGCUCCACCAACGAGACGGAAAGCUGCGCGGUAGACAUGGAGUGGGACGAGGAGGGCGGCGAGACGAUACGCGAGUGGCACUACUUGACAAUCACACCGUCGGCGUGCGCCAACUGCUCCAACUACAUCUCCUGCGAGUCAUGCGUGGGUACCAACUUGUGCGAAUGGUGGACGGAGGAGGCAAAGUGCGCACGAAUCAAUCGACUACCGAACGCCGUGGUGAGUCUGGAUCAGUGCCCGAUCCCGUGCCGACAACGCUCCAAUUGCACGCAGUGCCUGGACGAGCGCGGCAGAUGCGUGUGGUGCGAAGCCACGCGAGAGUGCUUCUCGUUCUCCGUCUACACGUCGGAGUACCAGUUUGGCCUGUGUCGGGAAUGGAUGGACCAGGCGGGCCUGAUGGGUGUCACGUCGCGCAGCGACUCGUCGCUCACCGGCAACGAUCAGUGCAAGAGCUGCAGCCGGCACUCCAACUGCUCCAGCUGCCUGCACUCGCUCAGCUGCGGCUGGUGCUACAGCCUGGAGAACCCCAUCACCGGCAUGUGCGUGCAGGGCGACUUCAAUCAGGCCCACGUCAACUGCAGCGCGAUCAUCAACGAAUACCGGAACAGCAGUCUGAGGGCCGACGAGUCUGGCUGGGCGUACGCGCAGUGUCCGGAUGUAGACGAGUGCGAUCUUGGCUUGCACGACUGCCAUCCCGAUGCGCUUUGCACCAAUACCCACGGCAGCUUCAGCUGCCAGUGCAAGCGCGGUUUUAACGGCGACGGCAAGGAGAACUGUACCAAGACCUGUUACGAGAGGUGCGUCAAUGGUUAUUGCAGCGAGGCGCCGGAUUACAAGUGCGAGUGCAACCUGGGCUGGACCGGGCCGGACUGUCGGACCAACUGCGGCUGUUACAACCAUUCCACGUGUCUACAGGGGCCAGGCAUCUGCGACGAGUGUCAAGACUGGACGACCGGACGCUACUGCGAGGAAUGUAAGGCGGGUAGUUACGGGAACGCGACCACGCCAUUGGGCUGUCGCGAAUGCAACUGCAACGGGCACGGCGACGUGGAGCUCGACGUUUGCGAUCGGCAGACCGGUAUGUGUUUCUGCCGCGACAACACCGAGGACGACAAGUGUCAGCGCUGCAAACGAGGCUACUACGGGGAUCCGCGUAACGGCGGGAUGUGCUACUACGGCUGCAUGUCUCGGGGUAUGCUGGGUGGGGAAGGAAAUGGUAAGCAGGGUCUUGGCAGCCGACACUCGCAAUCUUCGCUCUGGGACAAUUACAUGGGCGACUCGCCGACGAGAGAGUGCCUGUGGAUCGUCAGUCCCGAGACAGAUCUCUCUUUGGACGCGACCCCGGCGAUUCAGAGCGUGAUACAAUUCACUAUCCACGAUGACAUCAACGUAAGUUGCCAGGAGAACAGCGUGUACGUUUACGACGGCCUGCCCGAAUUCGUCUCGUCUACCGGUGGCCACCAGAGCCAACUGUUGGGCGUGUACUGCACGGAGAGCACCAACUAUCCAGUGACGGUCGAGGCCAAAUCCGGCUUCCUGACAGUGCACUAUAAGCAGCUGGACGAAGUGGAGGGUUUUAAUGCGAGCUACGUGAUAAUGACGUGCAACAGCUGCCCGGAGAACCGCGAGUGCCGCAACGGCAACUGCCUCUGCAAAUCCGGUUACGUCGGCAUUAACUGCGACGUGGAGAUCUGCCCGAAUAACUGUACAGCUUCCGAGAAACGCGGCGCCUGCGACAAGGGCUAUGGCCGUUGCGUUUGCGCGCCAGGCUACGGCGGGCGCGACUGCUCGAUCCAGCUGAAAAACUACCAGCUGAUAUUUACGGAACUCUUCAAUUCAGAAUACUUGGCCGAUCAUCUGGACCACUUGAGGAAGACACUGCCGCGCUUCGGGCACAGCCUGGUGGCUGAUCGACGCGGCAGCCUGUGGAUGUUCGGCGGUUACUCGCUCAGCCACGGGCCUCUCAACGACAUCAGGCUCUUCGACACGAAGAAUAAUACGUGGAUGCCGGUGACGGUGGAAUCUACGUCGGAGGCGUCCAUGCCGCAGGGCCGCUACUUUCACGCCGCCGAAAUUGUGCACAGCAGGCAACAGAUCUACGUCUACGGUGGGCUGUCGAUGAAGGACGAGGACGUGCAAGGACUGUCGAACAACACCCUCAGCGACUUUUGGAAAUUCAGCUUGCAGAACCAGCGAUGGAGCCAAAUCGUGCAGGACGAGUCGAAGAAGGAGCCGCUACCUCUGGCUGGUCACACGUUGACCCUGCGCAGGGACGGAGAAUCGGAGAGCCUGAUUCUGAUCGGUGGCUUUAGCCCCAAGUACGGAUACCUGGACACGGUCUGGGAGUUCAAUCUCGAGACCGAGACCUGGGACACAGUGAUCACUGUGGGGAACGGACCCCUAGGUGUUUACGGUCAUUCCACGGUAUAUAACAGCAAGUCCGAUAGUUUCUACGUCUUCGGUGGCUACACCUAUGCGGUAAAUAGAACGUUUAUCUCGAACAAAUUGUACGCCUUGAAUUACAAGACGCGAACGUGGUCUGUACUGCCGCCAUUCGAGGACGACUUCACCGACGGCGGCGGUUUACCUCAAGCUAGAUUCCUUCACUCGGCGGUUACGACGGACGAAUACAUGGUGAUAUUUGGCGGCCGGCAAAAUCCUCACAACACCUCGGACUCGCUAAUAGCGUACAAAUACUCGUGCAAUCUGUGGAUACGCUUAAUAACGAGAGACAUGGAGACGAUCGGCAGUCCGCCACCGCCGGCGUACGCCCACGCGAUGACUCACGCCGAUCCAGAGUCAAACGCCGUUUACGUUGUCGGUGGCUUCGACGGCGGUAUCAAGAGCCACGUCACGCUGAUCAGCAUACCGGAGGAUCUGUGCAAUCUGUGGAAGGAUAAGACCACGUGCAGGAAAUACUUCGGUUGCUCGUUCUGCGCCGUCACCACUCUCAACGGCACCAACGCUUCCUUCUGCUUCUCGAACGAGGUAUCGAGCAACCGGUGCGACGUCAACGUCACUCAGGUGCAACGGUCGAACGGAAUAUUCUGCAGUUCGGAAUGGAUGGCGAGCAGGAGGUGCCAGAACUUCAGGACCUGCACGGACUGUCUCGCGGAGUGGCCGUAUUACAUAGAGGACAAGCCGGUCUGCAAAUGGUGCGAAUACUGUCGCAAGUGCAUCCCGGCGGACAGGGACUGCAAGGAGGAGCAGCAGGAGCUGAACAAAUGCGGCGUGUCGAUGUCCAACGUGGUUCAGUGCGCGGAACGGCAGUGUCCGGCGAGCGACUGCGAGAAGUGCAACAGUCUAGGCCCGCACUGCCUGUGGACGAGGCAGGUGCUGAAAACUUACGAGUUGGGGCUGACGCUGACGGGCCAGCCCGUCUACGACUGGAACUGCGUGGAGGACAACGUCUUCGAGCGGAUUACGUCUUCCAGCAUAAAGAUGAGCAGCACGCAAUGCGAGAAGAGGUGCUCCGAGCACAAAGACUGCACGAGCUGUCUGAGGGGUACCGGAGCCGAGGGUGGGUGGAGCGAGUGCAGGUGGUCGACGCAAUUGAACGAGUGCAUCUCCCCGUCGUACCAGCCGCUCUAUUGCGCCGGCGGUGUUUGCGGUUUGGUGUUGCGUAGCGCGGACAUGGACCACUGCCCGGAGCCGUGCUCGGUGUUCAAGCAGUGCAGCACCUGCCUCAAGCACUCGCAUUGCGGCUGGUGUUCCUUGAACUCGGCUAAUAUAACCGGUCAGGGACUGUGCACGGAAGGCUCGCUCGAAGCGCCGGCGGAUCAUCCGGCUGGUGGUACUUGCUCGAUGCUUUAUCGGCAACACUUGCCGGAGGUCGAGGCGACGCCGAUCACCACGACGACGUUACACCCGUAUCACGUGGACUCUGCGGAGGCGCAGGACAACGUUACGAUGUCGUUACUCAACGCGAUCGCUCAACCAAAGCCGGACUUCUCGUGGCACUACGUCCGCUGCCCGCCGGAGAACGAAUGCGAAAACGGCCACCACACGUGUUCGCCGAAGAGCGAGAAGUGUUUCGACCUGGAGGAAGGCUUCGAGUGCAAGUGCGGGGACGGAUACAAGACCGAGAGCAGCUGGGGGAACGAGUUCGGUAAGAAGAUCUGCGUGCCCAUGUGCACGCAGGGCUGCGUAAGGGGCACGUGCGUCAAGCCGGACCUGUGCCGCUGUGACUUCGGCUACGUUGGCUCCAAUUGCUCGAUCCAGUGCCAGUGCAACGGGCACAGCGACUGCGCCGGGCCGGACAAGCUUGAUAACUGCACGAAAUGCCACAACAACACGAUGGGGAAGCAGUGCGAGAAAUGCAUGCCUCUGUACGUCGGCAAUCCCGCGGACAACGGUCAGUGCGUGCCGUGUCUCGAGUACUGCAACGGGCACACUCGGAUUUGCGUCAACGACAACGUGACCGUGCCCGAUCCGAACUCGUUGGACAAGAUGUCGAUAGAGAAGCUGAGCAAGCAACUGGGGGAAGGACCGAUGGCGAAGGCCAAGUGCAUCAAUUGCGGCAACUACACGAGAGGCGACAAGUGCGGCGAAUGCAUGACCGGCUACUUUCGGGGCACGGAGGACCUGCGAGACGUGUGCCGGUCCUGCGAGUGUCACGGUCACGGCUUCACGUGCGACCCCGUGACCGGCGAGAAGUGCAAUUGCGGCAACAACACCGAGAGCGACCCGUCCUGCAUCAGCGGUCCCAUCAAGGGCACCACCACGAUCGGCACACCCUGCUGGAUGGUGCAAUGCAGCAAGUGCAGGGAGAAUUACGCCGGUAUUCCGACGAUGGGUCAUCAGUGCUACAAGACCGUCACGGUCGACAAUAAAAUGUGCUUCGACUCGAAAUUAAUAGCAUUUUACGACGAGUGCAAGAUGAAGCCUAAGCCCCUAAAUCCUGGCCAAACCGUCUUUUAUAUGGUGCAACCGCGAUUCAUGAACGUGGACAUCAGAGUGAUGGUGGAUGUCACCCAAGGUGCCUUGGAUCUCUUCUUGAGUCCCCGGGAUGAUUCCUUCGUCGUCACCUUGAACUCGUCGACUGGAUAUCAAGAAGUCGAGCUGGAUGGUAGAUUCAGGUUGCGGCCUGAUCAGCCCAACAACAAAUUCCAAAUUGUCGAGUAUAAUCCUCACUUUGGAGCUAACGGUACCACUACAGAGGAACCGCGUACCCGGUGGAAUACUGGGAUCGGCGGAUCGCAGUAUUUCGUGAUGGAACGCUGGCUCGAAAAUGAUCUGGCCAGUUUUCUGACGAUCGAGAGGCGAAACACCUUCCUGGUGAUCCGUAAUCUGACGAAUCGACUGGUGCUGACGUUGCCGCAAGACAAACACGAACUCGGCCAGACCAAGUUUCACAUUGCGCUACGAGCGAUUGACCCGGUGAAUCCAGAGUUGAAUGGCCGCGCUGCCUACGGAAUGAUCUUCUUCCGUCAGGAUCAGUUGCACAUCGAUCUGUUUGUGUUCUUCUCGUGCUUCUUCUCCUGCUUCUUCUUGUUCCUGGCGGCGUGCGUAGUCGCGUGGAAGGCAAAGCAGACGGCGGAUUUACGCCGUGCCCGACGUCGUCAUGUCGUGGAGAUGCUGCACAUGGCGAAGCGACCGUUUGCCUCCGCGACGAUAAUCUACGAUCGGGAUGGCGGCGAGUGUAGCCCGAGCUCGCCGCAACGUAAGGGCAGGCGAAGCUACCACAAGCACGUGAGCUUUCACAUCGACGUGAUGCCGGUGGCAGUCGAGCCUACCAGCGACUACUACGCGGCGGUGGGGACGGUGUUCAUCAGGCUACCCGGCGGCCGCCAAACACCCGUCAAACUGGCCCUGGGCAGUUCGCUCAUACACUUGACCAGAAUCUUCCCGGUCAAUAGCAGAAUGCUUUUUAGACGUAGAAAUAGUCUUUUGACCAACUGAACCCACGUUACAGUGGAAUCUCGUCCUCGACGGCUUUCGAGUUCCACAUCUCGGGCACCGAUAUUCCCCUUGAACUCUUCUCGAACAUCGACAAGAGUCACCGACGUUUGAGCAAUCUACUGAAGAUUACAGCCGUAAUAGAAUUUGAAUAUAUAUAGGUUUAACUGGCAGCCACCCAUUUUCAGACAGUUUUUAACAGCUUUUAACAAAAAAUAAUGGAUAAGAUUAACUCAGGAUAUAACGUGAAUUUUAACGCAUAUUUUACUGUCAGAACAUCUUGCUUAUAAUUUUUUCUUUUCCGUUAAAAAGCUAUUCUUUUUUUUUAUAUUGAUGGUCAAUAAGAACAGUAAUGAUUGAAUCUAUAGAACGCAGACAUAUAAAAUAAAUAUUAAUCAACAUUAAUAUUCCGCCGAAUUUUACUACGAAUAUUGGAUUCAUGGAUCCAGAGACCGCCGGAGAAAAUUUACUGAAUCAUAUUAUGACUAAAUGUAAACAUGUAAAAAUUCGUGCCAUUAAAAUUCUAGGAUUCUCGUGCACAAUUAGGAUUCAUAUAAGAAUAUAUAGUGUAAUAUACUGAGACUCACAAAAGCGUGUACUAGAAAAAAUUCGAGUUCUAAAGAAACAAUGUAAGCAAUGACGAGUGGAUCCAAGGCUCUUAUAUUGUAGAUCUGUGAAUCGAGUUCUGUAAAGGACGUAAGCAAUGAUGAACAGAUCCAAGGAUCUUUUAUUAGAUCUGUGAAUCGAGAAAUUGUUUUUUUAAUUUUAACUAGAGAUUUAAUAUUGUACAAGUAGUUGGGAGAGAGAGUCGAUAUUAAGAUAUUUAAUCUAAAUAUAAUAUAUAUAUUGUCGUAUACCAUUCCAUGACGAGACUGUACGUUUGUAUAUACAACAAUCUGUAAUUAUGUAUUAAUUCGUACUUUAUACAUUUUUGUAGAAACAUUUUACGAGACGUAGCUACGCGUCAUGGAACAUUCGUGAUCAUUCUCGGAAGUAGGCGAAAUCGAUUUCUCGUGAUUCGUAUCGGUUGAACGAACAGUAUUAGAAUUGUUGAUUAGAGAUGGAGCUCAACGAUGCGUGCGUUAAGAAGGUUCCUAUGCCAAAUUGAUUAAGAUGGAUACAUGUUGAGCGCCCUAAUGUAAUAAUAAUAUAUUAUUUAUCGUAAACGGGUGAAGGAAGAAGGCAGAAAGUUUUGUUUGGAAAAGAAAUGUACAUAUACACAUAAAGGUUGCAAAUAUGUGUUGCAAACUUUUAUACUAACUGGCGUCGUUUGCGUACUGCGUUGAAAGACACUUGUGCUCGACAGGCGAUUUUUUUAUCACGGAUUACGAUUACGUAUUAUUCAAAACGUAUACCUAGGUAAUGUGAAUGUCAACGAUAUUGGCAUUGACGUGCUUAAUAAUUAUCGUUACAAGCACAAAAAUGGGAGAAUGCAGGGAUGGUGUUUUGUUUGAGAUUCAAGAGUAAAAAAUACAAAACGAACGAACGCCGAUGAGUAUCAGAAAAUUUCUAUGUAUACAAAGUCUAUGUAUACAAAGCAGUUCAUAAAAGUAGAACUUUCUUUUUACACAUUUACGAGAGAGAUUGAAUUUGUGCGUGUUGUGAGUGUGGUAUGCGUGUGUAUGAUGUACGUAUGUGUAUGUGUGUAAAGGAUAUCUAUAGAAGAAAAGAAACUAUGAUUUAGGAAAGUAAGGCAGUAUAAACGGUAGAGAAGCAGGAUAAAUAACACCACGAAUUUGUGGAAUCGAGAAUUUGCGAUCUGGAAAAAAUCUUUACGGUUACAUAUCACAAGUUGAAAUCUAUCUUAUAUAUUAGUAAUAUCAUAUUAUUAUAAUAUCGUAGUAUUAUAAUUGUAUAACAAAUCUGCAGUAUUUUGUGCUCGAAGAAUUCUUGAUUACACAAAAAACGGUGAGCCAUCUCUUUAUUAUCCCAUUUAUGUGUUUUGUUCUGCGUUUUUGAAUUAGAAUAACGUAAUGGUUUUAGUAGCGGAAUGAGAAGACCUCUUUUAUGUGCAUGCGUUUUCUUGUUGUACCACAUAAAUGAGGCACACGUAAAGAAGAGCUUCGGUAUCAUGUUUACACCGUCAAAUGGAUGAAAGAAUGCACGAGUGCUUUUCGACCAGGAAAUAACAUUCGUUAAAUUAAGCGAACACAUUGACGAUACGACGCGAUCAGUUUGUUGAAUCUCAUUGUCAGUCUUUUCUUGUCACAAAAGUCUCGUCAGUACGCGCAACGCAAACGGACUCUUCGUUAUGUCACAAUACCCUUCAGGUGCAGCUACCUGUUAAUCGCAGUUCCUCUCUCUCUUUCUCUCUGUUUCUUACAAUACAUAUCUGGAUCUAUAGAUCCGAAAAUCCACUGACAAUGAAUACGAUUAUUGCAGUAAAAUAAAAGGCACGAUCUUUAAAACUAAAGAAUUACGGAAAUUUAAAUAUAAAAAUCUCUGAAACUAGGAUCGAUGCGUGAUUGGAAUGGUUAGCUCGAUGUUUUGAAUUGAAAAUUACAAAAUUAUAAAGCGAAGCUCCAAGAAAUCAUGUAUCUAAGAAUAAAUGUCGUGUCCGCAAUAUCGAAUGUUCAUGGAACUAUAAAUUUGAAGGGUCCAUCAACAUCGAAUGAAAUCGUGGAUAUUCGACGACCUAAGAUCCAGCAAUACGCACUAAUCCUUCAGUUUUCAAUAUCGCCCUGUAGGUCCUUAGAAGUUACAUUAUAACGUUUGAGAUUUAAAGUUCCUCCAAAAAUGUAUAAAUUUCGAGGACUUGGCAACCUGUGUACAUUCUAAGAACCUACAUAGGUCGAAGCGAUUAUUGGAAGGAGAAGGAUUAAAAUUAAUUCGACAACCGCGUAAGGUCACAAAGAAUCGUUGUUAAUUCUCAUUUGUUCAUUUACGCAUAUAGGAGCAGUCGCGCUGUCCUAAAUACUCAUUCGCGUGGUACCGUGUAAAGCAUGUAAAUUCGAUUAAGUACACAGAAUCGACAGUAUAUGUACAUUUAUAUAGGUUUACAUACAUAGAGAUAUAUUAUAUAUAUACACAUAUUAUAAAAGAAAUACGAGACCGGUGAAUAUGUAUAAUUUUUUGGUUGUAUAGAUCUGAACGUUAUUUCCGAAAUAAUUCUAUUUUAUAUAUUAUUAUUACAUCGCGUCGUCGAUGAUAACGAGCGAUAAUCUUCCAAUGCCGGCAUUGUAUCGAAGAAAAAAAAAUUAAAGAACAAGCGUGAUCGAGGACGUACCGCUUCGUAACGAAGAAACAGGUUGUGAAAAGAAAAAAAAAGAAAAAGCGGAAAAUAUUGAGUAUCGAGCCAACGUCUGUCGGAUUUUCGGUACGAAAGUGCAAUUUAUCUUCUAGUUCACGUUCGCGAGGAGAAACGUAAGGUUGUGCAAACGAUGAUUAAUAAAUUGUAUUGCGGAAGCUUUAAUAAACAUACGUAAAACCGAAGCUUUCAUUCGAAGCUUAUGAUCCCUCAAUUGUAUAUUACUCGUUUCACCAUCUUUUCAAUCUAUUUGUAAAAUGCAUGCAUAUCUACUACUUUGUUCAUUUUUUUUCAUGCGGAAUCUCUCGGAUAUGCUAUUGGAUUGUAAAUCACGUAUUAUUGUUGAACGAUUCUUUAAAAUAACGUCUUUGAUCGACAAUUUAUUAAACUGUGAAAUAAGAUACCGCAACGAGAUAUAAAACAGCGUCACGAAUCGCAGUAAAAAGAAAUAUCCUAACGCUGAAGAUCUACAUUAAUAAUCUGCGUUUAGCGCUUGCAUGCGACUGUUCAAUUACAAGUUUGACUCGUUUGUUAUAACAAAGUUACACGCAUUUCUGUUACAGAGUUUCAGAAGAUCAUAUUUAUCACUGAACGUAGGACGUGAGAAUCUAAAGAUAACGAAUGGAUGACGCCGAUGGGGGAGGGGGAGGGGGUAAGAAAAAAUAUCGGAGACUACGAUUAUAAUUAAAUCAUCUUUAUUCUCUCGUACGUCGAUUCAGUAAAAUCUCUCAAACUCAAUCUGUGUUUCUCAUAUACAUAUAUAGAAUUCUCUUUCAUAUACUACAUCUAUUCUCAGGACAUUCGUAGAACGAUGCCGUUCGGCAAUAGUUAUUUACAUAUUUAGACUACCACACACACAUUCACUCGCGACAUCCAUCCUCGCACGCACGUGUGUACAUCGAGCGAUCUAGGAGACGAAUUGUCAGCGUUGUUCCCAGAGCUCCUCCUGAAAAGGAUUCCUUUACGGUUUUCAACAACAACAAGAGACUCGCAAACAGCGUCACCGGUCUAGAAAAAGAUAUUCCAAAUAGAUAUCUCGAUUUUUAGAAAAACAGAUAUACACACAAAUAAGCGACUCGAUCGUCGUAAGAAAAGAUCUCGAAUCACUCUGUCAGUCGAAACCAAUUUGUACCAAUUUAUAAUUUCGUUAUAUCUAACAAUGACACACAUUUACCUUUCACUUGAAACGAUAAAUUAUAAAGAUUUCAUGUAAAAAAAACCGACGAGCUUAUUUCCUCCGAAUAUUUUCACUAUAAGCGAGGAAACGACGUGAGCUCGGCGGUAUCUCCUCAAAGGUAUCUCUCUAUGAAUUUUCACAAUUAAUUCUUGGAAUUUUCUCGCUUGUGGCAAAGAGCAUCGUUGCUCCCCUCCCCCCUUCUCGUCAAACGAUUAAAUUUGUCACAGAGUUGAUGAGAGAUUCAUUACAGACGCGAGAGUUAGACAAAACCUAAAUCUCGACCCUUUCCUCCCCGGUAUAAUCGUAUUAAAAUACACUUGAAUAGAGAAAUUGUUACAAAAAUCUUGCAAGCUUUAUAAACUUUUUUCCUAGUAUUCAAACGUAUUUGUUUUGGGAACGAUAGGGCAGAAGGGAUCGUCCUUCGACUUUGUACGAUUAACACUUUGUACAAUUUCGGUCUGAAUUAUAACAUCCAUGAUCAUUCUGGACCACGGCUUUGGAGCAUGGCAUAGUUUAGGAUUUACAUUCGCAUUUCACUGGGAAAUAAGUGCGCGUGCAACUGCAAUUUCAUAAAAUUAUAUAUAUAAAUAUAUAUAUAUAUAUAUAUAUAUAUAUGUGUGUGUGUGCGUGUGUGUGUGUGUAUGCGUGUGCGUGUGUGUGUAGUUGUAGUACAAGGAAUUGUACAUGUCGCGAAAUGAAACACGCUCUAAUUGCACGCGCAACAUUUGAUCUCUUACGAUAAAAUUCUCAGUUUUAUCAAAAGCCAUUUUGCUGGGAUCAACUUGCCAAGUAUCCCUCUGGCGAUUCAAACUGUUAAGAGACGUUUGCCGAGAAAUUAUAUCAAUGAAAAUAUCGGCGCGAAAUGUCUAUGGAUAAGCGCGAUUGACCCUAUUUUGUUCGUCUCCCGCUUAUCACCGCCAUCCGCUUGAUGAAAUACGUAGAAUACCAAAAAUUUAGCGAUUACUUGUUACUUAUUGUCAAUAGAAUAUAUAGAAACUUGCGCUUGUGUAGUUGACUGUUUGACAAAUUGCAAGAUGCAAGAGUAAAAAUAGCCAUAUAAUUGCACGUGCAAUUAUUACUCAGCGCGAGACAGGUACAAGAAUGCUUGUAGUUGUCACCAUCGCGAGGGCGACGAUCUUAUUCUACAUAACAUUAACCACUAGCAACGUGGCGAAUAUAUAUGUAUCUAUAUCCUAUACGUAUGCAUACAUAAAUAUGAUAUACGUCUGUGCAUGUACACACAUAUAUAUAUUUAUACAUACAUACGUACGUAUACAUAUUUACAUUUGUAACGAGAUUUGUAAGAGAGUAAAUAACCACAAAAAACGAUAGAUAUAAUUUAAAAUACAAUAAUAGAAUAGUUAGUAUUUCGUUUUUCCGAAAUUGCGAGCUACCUAAAACGCGAUAACUUUGACGAUACCUUCGACGAGACUCGAAUCUGUUUUAACGUACACAAGGGUAUAAAAAAAAACAUAUGUAUAUAAUACCGAAGUACAGCGUUGCUAGACAAAAAUUACGCCAAUUUUUCAAGCUCUGAAUGUUAAUAAAUAAAACGCAAC